UAUCCGGAAUCCUUGUCGACGCGUGCAUCUGCACUUUGAGCAGCUCCUGGCCACAGUCACUCAGAUAUCCCACGUCCUGUCGUCAGGUGUCACACACACACACACACACACACACACACACACACACACACACAGAGGAGUGUGUGGUGCAGGAAUGUCGUCCAGCGGAGAAGCCGUGUUUCGGGCCGUGGAGACGCCGCUGUUCUGGCUCGGUGCUCUGACCGCGGCCUGGCUGUCUGUGUGCUCCGUGUGUCGGCUGCUGUCCGGGAUCAGGGUGUGGGUGCUGGGUAACGGCCGGCUCGUGUCACCCACUACACUGGGAAAGUGGGCAGUUGUGACAGGAGCCACAGAUGGGAUCGGGAAAGCUUACGCGGAGGAGCUCGCCCGCAGAGGCUUUGCAAUCGUGCUGAUCAGCCGCUCUCAGGAGAAGCUGGACGACGUUUCCAAGGCGAUCGCAAGCAAAUGUGGCGUGGAGACCAAGACGAUCGCCGCAGACUUCAGCGCUGUAGAUAUCUACUCCAGGAUUGAAGACGGACUUGCAGGGCUGGAGGUUGGAGUGUUGGUGAACAAUGUUGGAGUAUCCUACUCUUACCCUGAGUUCUUCCUCAAUGUCCCCAACCUCGACACUUUCAUCGACACGAUGGUCAACAUUAACAUCACAUCAGUGUGCCAGAUGACGCGUCUUGUUCUACCUGGAAUGGUGGAGAGGAAGAAGGGGGCCAUCCUCAACAUCUCGUCCGCCAGCGGGAUGUACCCCGUCCCUCUGCUCACCGUCUACUCUGCCUCCAAGGCGUUUGUGGACUUCUUCUCACGAGGACUCCAGGCUGAGUACAAGAGCAAAGGCAUCAUCAUCCAGAGCGUCCUGCCAUUUUUCGUUGCAACCAAACUGAGUAAAAUCCGACGGGCUACGCUGGACAAGCCCAGUCCGGAGCGUUACGUGGCAGCUGAGCUCAACACUGUGGGGCUACAGACCCAGACCAACGGCUACCUGCCCCACGCCAUUAUGGGCUGGGUGACUACAGCUCUGCUCCCUGCCAAGAUCCUCAACAGCUACAUGAUGGGGAUGGGUUUGUCCCAGCGCGCUCGUUACCUGAAGAAACAGAAGCAGGGAUAGAUCGGCUGGGGAGCGGCAGCAGCAGACACCAUCAUCAUUAUGGACCAAGAAGAGAAAACGUGACACUUUCUGACUAAACACCCCCCCAUCUCUCCGAUCCUCCUACUCAUAGAUGAUCUGAAGCGGUGACUGGCCACAGUUGCCGUAACACGUAUCCAAAACAAUAGUGUGAAAAAUAUUGGACGAAAGUGUUUCUAUUUAUUGAGUGAUCAGCUUUAAUGAGCGGAACAUUAACAAGGAAACAAGCUAAUCGUCUGUCUGCAAACUGUGAUUGAGAACUAAAGCCCAACAGGAGAAGGGAAGGAUGCAGGAAACGUGGAUGUGUGUGAGGUUGGAGGUGUCUGUAUGUGUGUGUCUGUGUGUGUGUUUGAGCCUCCUGUGAGUAUGUGGACUAGCUUAAAGCUAAUUAGUACAACACUGAGGGACAGUACUUACUUACUGUUAACAUUUUCUAAAGCACUUAAACAAUUUAAAAGGCUGAUGCGGUUUUUUUUGUGAUAUUAAUCGCAUCCUUAAUUCUUCAUUCUUAUUUUUUCAUUUCAUAACAUCAGUUUCAAAGUAGAGAAGGGACUGCUUGUAUAAUUGAACCAAACUAUAUUUCAACUGUUGAGAAAAUUUAGAGGGGGCACUGUAGAUGAAUAGCCAGCGGGGAGAGAGAAGCUGUGUGUAAUAUAGAAUAUUAAAAUUUGUGUUUUGUUUACAUACUAAACUGAUUUUCAAAUUAAUGCUUACAACUGGCGUUACUGUCUGACAUUCUUUCAGACUACGUUUGAUCUGUUUUACUAAAAUGUUAAAGGUUCAUAUUCUCCUCUUCUCCCGUGUUGAUCCAUAAGAAGAUAUAAAUUGCGGUUUUAAAAACUAAAAGCCAUCUCAGUGUUGUUUUACAUCUCCUCUCUCAGGCUUCUCUCUGGAGCUCUUACAACAGGUCGGUGAGCCAAUCAGAAGAGAGGAGGCUCUGAGCCUCUCCUCUGAUUGGCUGACUGUUUUCUGAGUGAUCCAAUAAAAAUACAGCAGAUUUCAGGUAAAAACACUCAGAGAAACCAAAUCCUACAAAGGUUGGAUGGUGGGUCCAGGUGGGCGGGGCUUGGUUGACUGCUUUGUUGUGACAUCACAAAGUUACAGGAAGUCCUGACGGCUGGUUUUAAGGCUCAGUUUCUGAAUACAGGCUGUGUGCAUUUCUCUGUGGACUGAGGCUUUGAUACUUUCACAGUAUUAAUAUAGAAGCUAGACCUGAUCUAUAAUCACACUACACAUGGACAGAGACCUUUAGACUGGAUGGAGCUUUAAAACUAAACCACAUCUACAGAUGAAACAAAACCAAUGAGAUAAUGUAAAACCUCUGAUACAUGACUUUGACUUCCUCUUCUGAAAAAACUCCCAUGUAUGUUGAGUUUGUGUGUCCGCACAGUCUGUCAGUCCGUAGUUGUCUCAUAUUUCACUUGUCUUGGCUCAGAUAUCAGCUUUAACUUAUGCUGUGUUAAUCCCAAUGGAGAUAAAACUUGUACUUAACAUUUCACUCAUACUGACUGUGUAGUUGCAGCCGCUUGGGACCAAAUUCAGUUGUAAGGCUAGAGCUUCUCUCAAGGGCAGUGGCAUUAGGCACAUUCCUAAUACCUGGGAGUCAUGUGGAAAGCAGAGCAAACCAGAACACCUGGAUGUUAUUAUUAUGUCCCGACUCUGGAAAACUAUCUUGUAUUUGUCCUUCCAGCCUACAAUAAAUAUGCUUUUCAAAUAA